ACAUACAUACAUACAUACAUACAUACAUACAUACAUACAUAUCGUCAUUGUAGUAUUAUAUUAACAUUUAAAAAGAGAUCAAAAAAAAAAUAAUGGACACAUUGUCUAUUCAGUCAUUUCCAACUCAUGUACUUUUUAAACAAUCUAUUGUCAUCAUACAUUAUAUAUCUAUGGUUAUUGCAUUUCUCGGCUGUCAUCCUUUAUUAUUAACACAACAACUACGAAGACAGAAGAUAUACAUUCAAAGUAUCUUUAUAUUAUUUGCUUUGAUCGGAUUUAUUUCUGGAUUUUUCAUUAUCACUUUGCGGCAACUACAAAAAGGCAUCUUUAUGAUUGUCUUUGUUUCAUUAUUCUUUCUUGUAUUCACUCAAAUACUAGUUUCAAUCUAUCGAUUUAAACGACGGAUAAUUUAUUUUAAAAAAAAUAUACCAAAAUGGGUUGAUUUAGCAUUGGCAUGGCUUAUUUUGUUGGCAGCCGUAAGUUAUCUAAGUUAUACUGCUCUUUUAUUUACAGAGAGUUGCCCGAGUGAUAGUCAUGACGACAGCAGCUAUCAUCCAGCCUCAUGUAUCAUGCCAGUUACUAUGGGAACAGGUUUCCUUGUCUAUGGAACCCUCAUCUUACUACAUCUGCUUUCUAUUAUCCAUAUACCGCGUCCUUCUACUCCAGAAUAUUAUGAAGGCAUCAUUAUCACCUUCUGGGGAUUUAUUAGUUUAUUUUUGGCUGAUACACCUAUUAUAGGAUCGGAAUGGCGGGCAAUCUUUAGGUCUAUUAUGAGAAAGAACAUAAUAAAUGCCUUUAUUAUAUGUUUAACAGGCAGAGCUAUUGUUAGAGGAUUAACUCAAACAGAUGAUCCUUACUGCAGAAGUACACACUAUGUUAGGUUAUUUAUUCAUUAUCGGAGCCAUAGCUCGCUUAUUCAAAUUAUAUUUCGUAAAUCACCAGCUGAUAAUUUACCCCAUCGAAUGUUUCAACCACAUACAGAUACAACUAAUUUAAUAGAUGAUGAUGACGAUGACAAUGAUAACACACUUUUAUCAACACCAAGUCAUUAUCAAAGAAAUGUAGACACAAGAUUAUUAGCAUCUCUUUUAUCGAUUUGUGGAGGAAUUUUAUUGAUGGGAUCCAAUGUGGGUUGGAUUCGUUAUAUGCGAUUUUAUAUUAAAGAUCCGUCAACUUAUGUCAAUUUGAUAUUAGCAGCUGCAUUUCUAUGGUCUACUUAUGUAUUCUUACUCUGUACAAUAUAUAAAAAGUUUAAAAGUAAGAAAUGCAAUUCAUCAUAUGAAUAUAUUGAGCUCAAUAAUAGUGAAGAGAGACAGCAGCACAGCAACAUCAACAACAACAACAAUGAUGUUGAAAGGAAAUCUUCUUCAGUAGACAGUAUACCAUCAUUAUCGUCUACUACUACUACUAAUAAUAAUCAUCAUCCAAUCACUUUAUCUCCCACAUUAUUACCAUCAUCAUCCAAUACCUUACCAUCUACAACAAAAACAAUCCGUCCAUCAGAAUAUCGUGCUAAACGACGUUCGCUUCUCUUAACCCAGAAUUCUACUGUGAAUCAUAAUAAUAAUAGUAAUAGUAAUAGUAGUAAUAUUAAUAAUAAAAGAGUGAGACGACUAUCGAAUAAUUAUGGAGUAGGAGUAUAUUGCCUGAUGAUUGUACGUUCAUGGAGGUCUUCUAUGACGACUACUACAGGAUCAUUCUCUGUAGGUUUUUAUUCAGAAGAAAACGAAGAAGAAGAAGAAGAAGGAAAGAAAUAUUUUUAUGUUAGUAGUAGUGGUUAUCUUCAGGAGAAGCAAAGAUGACCAAAAUAAACAAACCAAAAAAAAAAGGAUAAACACAUACACAACACAUACACAUAUAUAAAUAAAUAUGUAUAUACCAC